ACAGUGUAUCCCUAUGACUGCGGUACAACUGGAACCUUUUGCAGAAGAGUCAGUGACGUCAGAGGGCGUGGCCUAGAUGCUCUUUGGGUUCUCCUACACAGCUGAAAAAGGACCAAUCGUGUGGCGGGGGUGUUGGUUGCUGCCACAAUCGGCGUUAUCUGCAUAUGAAGCGGCGUUAUCGUGCUGGAAGCGGCUCUUGCUGAAAGGCCAACUGGUUUCCCUAUUGUGGGCGGCUGCCGGGUUGUGCGACUCAAGAGGCAAUUUUAAAGCGGUGUCCGAGCUGAGUAGAAAUUCCAUGCGUCCCUGGCAAAAGGAAGAGCCAUUGAUAUAAGUGCCACUGUGAGAGGCUGAGGGCAGGAAGCAGAGUGAGCGAGGCAUGAGGAUUGGGCUCCAGCCUUAUGUGAAGGGAACGCUCUCGUAUCCGCAAGGAAUAAGCAGCAGGGGGGAUGCUGCUCCCUGAAAGGACUCAAGGGGGUGUGCCAUUGAAUUGUGCGGGGGUGAGCCCGGCGCUGAACAUCUCUCAGCUGUACCACAUGCCUGUCACAAUCCCAGCGCUUUAAUUGAUUGUAUCGUUCCGUCACCGCCGCAGCGUUUGCUGGGAUAGCGUCCGCUAGUGAGUGAGCUCGCCCAGGCUCUGACAUACGUGACAAUGGCGAGCGCCCGGAGCAUCGAGCUGGAGCACUUCGAGGAAAGGAACAAAAAGCAGAGACAGUCCCGGGGGGGUCGCGGAGGGCAAAGCACAAGCUCUAGCGGCUCUGGGCAAAGGGGCAAUCACGGCCUCAUUCCCAGCCCCGCGCACAGCGCCCACUGCAGCUUCUACCGCACCCGCACCCUGCAGGCGCUCAGCUCGGAAAGGAAGGCCAAGAAGGUGCGAUUCUACCGCAACGGAGACCGCUACUUUAAGGGCUUACCCUACGCCGUGUCCGCGGAGCGUUUCAGGUCUUUGGAUGCUCUGCUCAUUGAACUCACCCGCUCGCUUAGCGACAAUGUCAGCCUCCCGCAGGGGGUGCGCUGUAUCUAUACACUGGAUGGCACCAAGAAGAUUGGCAGUUUGGAGGAGCUGCAGGAAGGUGAAAGUUAUGUCUGUGCCUCGAACGAGCCAUUUCGCAAAGUGGAUUAUAAUAGAAAUGUCAGUCCGAACUGGUCUGUAAAUGUAAGAACUGGAUCUGGUCGAUCUCUGUCUGCUUUAAUGACUUUGAAAAACGAGAUGAAAGAGAGCAAAGAUUACAUCAAACCCAAGCUGGUCACUGUUAUUCGAAGUGGGUCGAAGCCCCGCAAAGCUGUGAGAAUCCUUCUAAAUAAGAAGACAGCCCAUUCCUUUGAACAGGUCCUCACAGACAUCACAGAAGCUAUAAAACUAGAUUCUGGGGUUGUCAAGAGAUUGUGUACUCUAGAUGGAAAACAGGUAACAGGUCUGCAGGAUUUCUUUGGAGAGGAUGAUGUUUUUAUUGCCUGUGGCCCAGAUAAAUACCGUUAUGCGCAGGAUGACUUUGUUCUGGAUCAUGAGUGUAGGGUCUUGAAAACAGCAUAUUCACGUACUCCAAGACAGCCAGGUUCCAAAAGUCCUGGGGCAUCACGGCGCAGUAAAUCCCCUGCAGCAGUAAGGAGGGGUGGCCACUAUUACAGCACAAAAUCUCCAGUCAAUGGAACACCCAGUAGCCAGUUAUCCACCCCAAAAUCUACAAAAUCCUCCUGUUCAUCUCCAACCAGCCCAGGCAGCUUCCGAGGCCUAAAGCUUCCACCACAUUGCGGAUCCACGUCAAAUGUGAAUGGUCUAACGGAACUACUCAAUAGUCCAGAAGGACUUAAUGGAAAUAAAUUCAUUGAUGCCUCCAUAAUACUUGAGAAAUAUAAAAUAGGAAAAGUGAUUGGAGAUGGGAAUUUUGCUGUUGUAAAAGAAUGUGUGGAGAGAUCAACUGGAAAAGAAUUUGCUUUGAAAAUUAUAGACAAGGCAAAAUGCUGUGGGAAGGAGCAUUUAAUAGAAAAUGAAGUGUCAAUAUUGCGCCAGGUUAAACAUCCAAAUAUCAUAAUGCUUAUUGAAGAAAUGGACACCACCACAGAACUUUAUCUAGUAAUGGAACUAGUAAAGGGUGGCGAUUUAUUUGAUGCAAUUACAUCUUCAACAAAGUACACUGAACGGGAUGCUAGCGCAAUGGUGUACAAUCUUGCCAGUGCUAUGAAGUAUCUGCAUAGCCUGAACAUUGUCCAUAGAGAUAUUAAACCUGAGAACCUCCUGGUGUGUGAAUAUCUGGAUAAAACCAAAUCACUAAAACUUGGAGAUUUUGGCUUGGCCACUGUGGUUGAUGGGCCACUCUACACUGUCUGUGGCACACCUACAUAUGUUGCACCAGAGAUCAUUGCAGAAACGGGGUAUGGUUUAAAAGUGGACAUCUGGGCAGCGGGAGUGAUAACGUAUAUCUUGCUUUGUGGUUUUCCGCCUUUCCGCAGUGAGAAUAACCUUCAGGAAGAUCUUUUUGAUCAGAUACUUAUUGGGAAACUGGAGUUCCCCUCCCCUUAUUGGGAUAAUAUCACUGACUUGGCAAAGGAACUGAUUAGUUGUAUGCUACAGGUAAACGUAGAAGAACGAUAUACAGCUGAGCAAAUUCUCUCACAUCCCUGGGUGUCUGAUGAUGCAUCACAGGGAAAUAAUAUGCAGGUCGAGGUGACAGGUAAACUGAAACAGCAUUUCAACUCUCUACCUAAAGAGACCAACACUACAGCUGCAGUGUCUGUGAUCAUGAACACAGCUCUUGACAAGGAGAUGCAGAUCAUCUGUGUGAAAUGCUAUCCGGACACUGGCCGCAAUGACCUAAAGAAAACCUUUAAGGUGACUACAUCGUCUCAAGAUCUUCACCUUGUUCCAGGAGCCACAGACCUGCUGUGAUAAAUUUGAGCCUGUGAAAAUCGCUUUCUCUUGCCAGAUGUAUGUUGGGCAGCGGCACAGCCCAAGUAGUUGACUAAUGACCAAAAUCAGCAAGAUUAUACUUACAAAACCUGCCCUUGUAUGACUUUUCUGCUAUAUAUUUCAUUCAUUAAUGGAUGAUCUUUAUUAUUUCUGCCAUCUCUUGCAGAGUCUUGUAUAUUCAAAGCUAGUGUCUGAGACCCAACAUUAUCCAGUAGAUCACAUUCAGGACCACAUUCCAAGGAUAUUUUAAAAAAAGACUGUGCUUUAUAAAAGGUGUAACUUUUUUUUAAGUUAUCAAACUAGGUAACUACUGCUUGUCUACUGAUUUGCUACUAGAAUAGAAGCAAUGGUUUGCGGUUAGAGGGUUUCCACACUUUAAUGUGGCAAAUAGCUUUUACAGUUUCAGGUCAGGCAGUAAUGUUAGAACUGAUUUGCAGUUAUAGGGUAAAUAACAUACACUCACAAAAAUAAAUAUAUAUAAAUUUGAAUGUUGAAAAAAAUCCUAUAUUUUCAUAGCCUGCAUAUGAAAAAGUCUUCUGGUUCAGAAAAGGAUGGAGGGUUAAAUUGUACUUUGUAUCUGCUUGGCCAGAUGGCAAGUUUGCCAGAACAAAGGCAGAAAAAAAAGAUGAUUUUAGAAGUAAUAAAACACUCAGUUCAGUGACUCUCUCUCCUAAUUAAUUAUAUCUGUAUCAACUAGCUUACUAAAUAGAAAACUAGUUAAGAAUGCUAGACAACAUGUGCGUGCUGAAAGGCAAAGUCUUGAUGUGUUUGGCACAUUCAUACUGGAGGCAGUCGGUGUGUUUGGCACAUUCAGACCAGGCUAUGUAAUAUCAAAGGGUGGAAUUCAUUUGUUGGCACAUACACAUGCCAGUAAUCAUUCCUUUUUCAAAACACAUAGAAAAAUUCAUCUUCAGAUGUCGAUGAAGCUGAAGCAUUGCUGCUUCUUUAAAAAGACAAAUGUUUGUUUCCUCUCUGUGAGUGCGUGUGUUAUUUAUUUAAUGCUAAAUGAUGUUUUUUGGGAGUUUAUAUACAAAGUAGUUUUUUGGCUUCUUUGCAGAAGUAUUAUGGGGUUACACAGUUUCCCUGUUAAAAUGACUAUUCAGUAGUGCAGCAGAGUUACUCCAUCCAUCCAUUAAUUGUACAGUGGGUUAGUGCUUGCCUCUCUGUCUCAGAAUGGAUGAGCAGCUGCAUGUUGUAACAAUCAUAUACAAGAGAGAACUUCUGCGGUUUUAUCCAGCAAUAUACGGUAUUUGUCCUUCUUUCACGAGGAGCAGUGAGAUGUUGAUAAUGGGGAUUGUCUUAAUUUCAGUAGACAAUUGGAACUGAAGCUAUAAAUUGCAAUGACUGUAUUUUUUAACAUCUAACUGUAUUCCUCGGCCAGAACAAUGGUUACCAUGUACAACUAGUGGCCUGCCUUUAUACUUAAUAAUGAAAUAAUAGAUAAAGUGCAUGCUUUGUCCUGUUUUUAGGACAGUUAAAAGGAGGCGUAUGACACACUCGCUGUUUGUACACAGUAUCAAAAGUGAACUGAAUGUGCCAUUCUAGGGCUGCUUUGAGCAAAUACUUGCUAACCGCACAGAUUUGCUGUGACUCUUUGAUUUCCAAACUGCAAAUCUGACGUCCUACCCCAGUAUGUUUUUCUUUUGUACCACUCAAGGUUCAUAUAUGCAGGCAAAUAUCCGCAUGCUUCUUAUUUGUUUCAGGUUAUUGGACGUGCCUGUGUGAAUGUUUUAACAAAAUAAUUAUUUGGUGACAAAUAGAAGGCUUCAGUGCCUACUUAUAAUGGGGUGUUGCAACUCACCAAGAACAUUUGAGUGCAGAAAUUAGAAUAGAUAACAUCUUUAACUUUUUCAUUAAGUCUAACCACCAACCCCCAUAUGUAAUAAAAACUACUAAAUUUGCCCAGGAGCUUUAAUCCAUAGCAACUAAUAAGAUGUUUGACCAGUGAAUGCCACCAGCUUAGUAUAUUGAUCCUGGAUUUUCUUUUCUUGUUGAUCUGCAGUUAUUCUUACCUUAAUGAUGGACCCUAACCUACCACUGAGUUUACCAGCUAGCUGCUGUCAUUCUCUAGGGGUCCCCAACCUUUUUAACCCGUGAGCCACAUUCAAAUGUAAAAAGAGUUGGGGAGCAACACUGACAUAAAAAGUCCCUUUGGGUGCCAAAUAAGGGCUGUGA